AUGAGGGUCAGCACCUUUUUACUUGAGGCUCUUCUGUCCGCGACGUCUGCUUCAGUAUGCUUCUCCCACGCCAAAGCUGCCGUCCGCGAUAUCGCCCCUUUGAACCGUCGCUCUUACAUACCUCCAAUAGGUAAAACAGCUAUUAAAGAUGUCCGAGUGUUCAACGGUGUUGAAUUUACGCCACCUCAAACGAUCGUUAUCGAAGACGACCACAUCGGCAGCUUCGAUUCGCGGGACGUGAACAUCACCGUCAAUGGAACUGGCAAGUUUCUUAUUCCAGGCCUCAUGGAUAGCCACAUACACCUUAGUCAGCCGACUGAUCUCGAGCUCUUGACUUCUUACGGGAUAACAACAGUAUUCCAAAUGUCCUGCUUCAACUACACUGCAUGCGACAUGUUUCGAGGACAUACCGGCCUCUGCGACUUCUACACCGCAGGAGCAUCCGCCGUGGGCAAUGGAAGUUCACACUCGAAGCAAUUCAAUGUAUCGCCCUCUCUCCUCUGGUACCCCAAUUCAGAUGCUGUGGAAUACGUCGACAAUGCUUUCAACAAUGGCUCAGACUACUACAAAAUCACUGUCGAGGAUGACGGGCCGACGCUGUCCGCCCAGGUUGCUCUCGUCCGAGCCGUGCACAGCCUAGGAAAGCAGGUCAUGUCGCACGCCGCUACCAUAAAGGACUAUUACCAAGUCGUUGAACCUGGUACUAACGGCCCGCAGCACAUCCCACAAGACGGCCUUCUCAACACCUCAGCGAUCCUCAAGAUGAAGCAACAGCACCAGUUUGCGACUCCGACAAUGACAGUCUUCCAUUACGGUCUCGUUGAAGACCCUACGAAAGCCCCUCAACUCGGCUCGCCGCACGGAUCGGACUACAAGUACGUCCGCGCCAACGUCGGCCUUCUACACUCGUUUGGUGUUCCCAUCCUCGCCGGCACAGACUCAAUUGGGCAAAUCGAGGGCGCUUAUAGCACGCUGACGUUGCCGCAUGGGGAGACGCUGCACCGUGAGCUGCAGUUACUGGUAGAUGCUGGCCUCAGUGAGGCAGAGGCCAUCAGCGCUGCCACCAGUGUUCCGGCACAGUGGCAUCAGAUGUUUGAUCGCGGCGUCAUCGCGCCGGGGAAACGCGCGGACCUGUUGUUGCUCAAUGGCAAUCCCCUCGAGAACAUCAACAACACCAUGGAUAUCUCGCGUGUCUGGGUUCAGGGUAUUGAGUAUGCAAACGUGACGAAAAAUCGGAACGCUUGGGAAGACCAAGCAUAG